AUGGCACGAUGCAGAAGACUUCAGCUGCCAUCGGCCGAAGACUGUUUGCAAGAGUUUGAUGCUGACAAAGAUGGGCUGCUUUCUUUGGGUGAGCUCGGGCAUUGUUUGGAGGUGGUAUUGAGGCGGAGUGGCUGCGAGAGUGGUAGCAGCAAACGCUUGUCAGGGCAGAUCCUUGAAGAGUAUUCUUUACGAGCAGACGGCGCUGCAGCUGGUGCUGGGGCUCUCACGCGGCUGCUGGAGGCUGCGACUGAUCGCGCCUCCACUGCGGCAAUGGCGCGAAGCCGAAGCCCUGCACGAACAGAGAACGGAAACCGGUGGACUGCAACGGGACCCUCUGAUCAUGCAUCAGCAAAAGAAGCAUCUCUGCAGAAUGAAGCCGUCGCGUGGGCUGCUCCCAGCUCCUUGGCGACCAUUCCCACAGCAUCAGAUGAGGAAAUUCCGACCAUAGAUUUGGCCACCUGGGACAGAGACCCAGAAAGCAUUGUGACGCAACUGCGGGAUGCUUGCAAAAAAGUUGGGUUCUUCUUCCUAGUCAACCAUGGAAUCAAGCGUGAGUUUCUGGACGCAAGCGUGCAGCUUGUUGAGGAGUUUGGAUCCUUGCCUGUUGAAACCAAGAACAAGUAUGCAAUGGACCAGGGAACAUUCCCUGGCGGCACAGGCUAUCUGCCGUUGCAUAGCCGAAAGCUUCCAAGGAGGCCGAAAGGAAAUGUGGUUGAGGCCUUCAUCAUCAAGCGUGAGCACGGGCCAAGAAACAUCCGGUUAGAACACAUGCCCUGGCCACACGAACUUGGGACAGCUUGGAGGACUGGAGUGGAGAACUAUGCUGCGGCCAUGGAGGAGUUGGCCUGCAAGUUGUUGCCGCUCUUCUCCCGAGCGUUAGGAGAGGACAAGUCGUAUUUGGAUGCCGCAUUUCAAUCACCGUUGUGGAGGCUGAGGCUUUCCAGAUACCCGACAUGUCCAGGUUACCAGGAUGGCCAGUACGGCAUUGCACCGCAUGUCGACACGUCCUUUGUCACGCUUCUGCAUCGCUCCGAGAUUGAGUCCAGCCUGGUGGUUUGGGCAUUCUGCUCUGAACGAUGGGUUCGUGUUCCAGCAAAGGCAGAUGCUUUGGUAGUCAACGCGGGAGAAAUUCUGCGCCAAGUUUCAAAUGACACGUUUCAAUCGGCACGACACUAUGUCCUGAAUGGAAGCGACCAUCCGCGAUGCUCCCUUGCCUUCUUCUUCAACGCGACUGCUGAUUUCAAGAUGCCUGUGGCCGUUGGAGCUGGCGGAGGGCCCGCCAAGUACCCUCCAACUUCCUAUCUGGACAGUCAGGGUGUUGCCCCUUGUCGACAAGACUUUACGGACGACUUAUGCCCGGCGUCACCUGAGAGGUUUCUAGAGGUGUCUCUUGGCGUGCUGCUGUGCUGGAGUGAAUUGCUUAUCCCACAACCAUCAACUUUCCGCAAGUUUCUCAAUUUUCGAAUUUUCGAGGCCCAGGGAGAAUGA